AUGACCCUGCUUAAUAUGCGUAUCGAUGCAAAGCCCCCGUCAAGAAUCAUUAGCGGUGAGGAGCGAAAUAUCACAUCAGCUCCAUUCGCAGUUAUGAUUCAUGAUGCUUCAGCACUGCACUCAUACGAAGGACUUAUAUGCGGUGGUAGUAUCAUCAGUAAAAGGUAUAUCCUCACUGCAGCCCAUUGCCUUGGGCAGCCCACAUCAGAUGAUAAGGACGAAUAUGAUUAUAAAUGGCUGCGUGUUAUCGCAGGCGAAAGCUCCUACGAGUGCGGUGUCCAGAUACAUGAAAUAAUAAAUGCUUUUAUGCACCCGGGCUUCACUGGUACUGCUACAGAUCCACUGACCAAUCGAGCAGAUCUUGCUGUUCUAAAGCUCAAGGACAGAUUAACCUACGGUCCAACACAAGCACGAAUUCAACUGGCACAACAGCCACCACCCACUGGGGUUGAUGGCGCUAUCUAUGGUUGGGGAUUCAUUGAUCACGAGGAAACAGUUUACGGUCGCACACUGCGAAGUUCCGCACAGAUAGUAUUUGAUUUCAACAUGUGUCAAGUUCUGGAUCGGGACUUUGGUUCUGUUCCGGAUGAGCUGUGUAUAUUAGGGAGUCCUGGAACUUCCUUCUGCCAUGGUGACAGUGGUGGUCCUCUUGUCGUAGGGGGAAAAAUUGCUGGUGUUAUUUCUAAUGGAUUACCGUGUGGCAGCCCUGAACCUGCUGCCGUUGUUAAUGUAGCGUACUACAGAACAUGGAUUACAGAUGCUGUCAGAGGGACAGCAGAAUAUAAAUCGCUUCCAUUUACAGUGUAA